GCCGCCAGCCGUCAGCGUCGCGCCAUCGUCUUCACCUUGGUGCCGCCAUCUCCUUCUUGCCUAUCCUCGACUUCUACGCCCGGGGACUGCCCUGCCUACCUAUCUCCACCAGCGAGCUCUGGGCGGCCUGUCCUAGACAAGAAAUAGUGGAUUUCCUUGCCGGCUCUAGCGACGAGCUGCGCGCGAGGAUACACGGGAAAAAAUUGUAGGAGGGAGGACCGUACAGUUCGGCAUGGCCGGGUUCCGGCCGGUGCACUCGCCGCCGGCAUUGCCUACCAGGCCAUGUCACGCUGGCACUUCCCUGCCGGAGUGCCGGGCCUGGACGUCAAGGCGGAGAACGGCGUCCUCCAUCUCGGAUGGAAAGGGCGCAUGGUGGCCGUCGCCUCCGCCUUUGAUUAAUCUGGGGGCCGUCCUCGGCCGAGCGCAUAGCCGUCGCACGGAAGGGAGACGAGGCUACAUCGUCCGGGAGAGAAUAGGCUUGGCCGGGAUGCCCACUUUUUGUUCGACGGAAUGCCGGCCUCACCAACGCCAUGCCGGGCGAUCGACCGUUUACGCAUCGCAUCCUACUCCAUCAGAAUCCUCUAAAGCUGAUGUGCAUAGUGCUGAAGUAGAUGCUGCAUAUGAGCAUCACGCAAUGGCUAACACCGCCACAAUGAAUGAAAGGUACAAUUUCAGAAAAAGCAAUAUCUGA